AUGAUUGUGUUCUUAAAUACUGCAUCAUUUGGACCAAGAGAAACGUUAGAGAUGCUGCUCUCCAAAGCGCCAGCGAAAAGGCAAGUGACUGCCAUUCUUUUCCUAUUACUACUGCGGGAGGUGGGGAGUGAGACCAUUAAGUAUUCUGUUCUAGAAGAGAGCGACAGAGGCUCUUUUGUAGCCAACCUAGAGAAAGAUCUUGGGCUGGGUCUGGGGGAGCUGGCUGUGCGGGGUGCCCAGGUUCGUUCGAAAGGAAGCAAACAGCACUUGCAGCUCGAACAGAGUGGGAAUUUGCUUCUAAGAGAAAAACUGGACCGGGAGGAGUUGUGCGGGGACACAGACCCAUGCCUACUGCCUUUCCAGGUGUUACUGAAAAACCCACUGCAGUUUAUUCAAGGUGAAUUACAGCUCCAAGAUAUAAAUGAUAACGACCCAGAAUUCUUGGAAAAUGAAAUCCUCCUUAAAAUCUCAGAAAGCAGCCGCCCAGGGACUCCCUUUCCUUUGAAAAUAGCUCAAGAUUUGGACGUAGGUAACAACACAGUGCAGAACUACACAAUUAGCACUAACUCCCAUUUCCAUCUUGUUACUCGUGAUCACAAUGAUGGGAGGAAAUACCCAGAGCUGGUGCUGGAUAAAGCACUGGACCAUGAGGAGCAGCCUGAGAUGAUGUUAACCCUCACUGCACUAGAUGGUGGGUCUCCGCCCAGGACUGGGAUUGCCCAAGUUCACAUCAUGAUCCUGGACAUCAAUGACAAUGCCCCUGAAUUUGGUCAGGGGCUUUACAAGGUGCAGGUCCCAGAGAACAGCCCUAUAGGUUUCCACAUCAUCACAGUGUCCGCUAGAGAUUUAGACGCUGGAACACAUGGUGAGCUCUCCUACACAUUUUUCCAAUCCUCAAGUCAAGUCAUGCAAACAUUUGAAAUAAACACAAACACAGGAGAGAUUAGGUUAAAAAAAUUGUUGGAUUAUGAGGAGACAAAAUUUUACCAUGUGGAAGUUGAGGCAUCAGAUGGUGGAGGUCUUUCAGGAAAAUGCACUGUAAAGCUAGAAGUGAUGGAUGUAAAUGACAAUGCUCCGGAACUGAUCACGUCUUUACUCAUCAGUGAUAUCCCAGAAAAUUCUCCAGAAACUGUAGUCGCUAUUUUUGAAAUUUCAGAUCCAGAUUCUGGAGACAAUGGAAAAAUGGUAUGUUCUAUCCAGAAUCACCUUCCUUUCAAUCUGAAAUCUACUGUAGAAAAUUUCUAUACCUUACUCACAGAGGGUGCACUGGACAGAGAAAAAAAGUCAGAAUACAACAUCACGAUCACGGUCACGGACUUGGGGACACCCAGGCUCAAAACCCAGCACACCAUAACCCUGCAGGUCUCCGACAUCAACGACAACGCCCCCACCUUCACCCAAUCCUCCUACACCCUCUUCGUCCCAGAAAACAACAGUCCCGCCCUGCUCAUAGGCACCAUCAGCGCCACAGACAGAGACUCAGGCUCCAAUGCCCAGGUCACCUACUCGCUGCUGCCGCCCCAACACCCGCACCCGCACCCGCAGCCGCACCCGCAGCAGCAGCCACAGCCCGACCUCGCCUCGCUCGUGUCCAUCAAUGCCGACACCGGGCAGCUGUUCGCGCUGCGGGCGCUGGACUACGAGGCCCUGCGCGCCUUCGAGUUCCGCGUGGGCGCCGCAGACCGAGGCUCGCCCGCGCUCAGCAGCGAGGCGCUCGUGCGCGUGCGCGUGCUGGACGCCAACGACAACGCGCCCUUCGUGCUGUACCCGCCGCACAACGCGUCCGCGCCCUACGCGCCCAGGCACAGGCUGCUGGUGCAGGUGCGCGACAAUGGCGAGCCGCCGCUGUCGGCCAGCGUCACGCUGCACGUGCUGCUGGUGGACGGCUUCUCGCAGCCCUACCUGCCGGCGGCCGAGGCGGCGCCCGAGCGCGCGCAGCCGGCCUCGCUCACCGCGCACCUGGUGGUGGCGCUGGCCACCGUGUCGUCGCUCUUCCUGCUGUCGCUGCUGCUCUUCGUGGCGCUCAGGCUGUGCAGGAGGAGCGGGCCGGCCGCGCUGGGGGUGUGCUCGGCGGCGCCCGAGGGCCCCUUCCCUGCCCACCUGGUGGACGUCAGCGGCACGGGGACGCUGUCGCACUCCUACCAGUAUGAGGUGUGCCUCACGGGGGGUUCUGGGACAGAUGAGUUCAAGUUCCUCAAGCCGUUUUUCCCCAACCUCCCGCCCCCGAAUGCUGCUCAACAAACAGAAGGAAGUGCUAUGGUCCGAAAUAGUUUUGGGUUCCAUUAGCGAUGAUUGUGAUGCUGGUUUUUUUUUGCCAUUUAUCCCUAUGUUACCCACAUAUAGCAUGUGAGUAUCGUGAAGAAAAAUUUCACCUGAAGGUAUAGCUUUGAUCGUCCUUUUGUUAUGGAUUUGUCGUUUGAAUUUUAUCGACACGAUUUAGGAAAAUUCUUUUUUUUGCUGUUUUUGGGGGCAGGGCUUGUUUUUGUCGCUUCGGCUGGAGUCCAGGGACCUGGGUAUCUGCACUGUUUCACUAAGCUGUACUUGCAGCUCACUUGUACUUCUUUGUUUUCACAUUGCCAUCCGAAACCAAUGCACGCUGUUUGUUUUCUUGAGUUUUGGUCUUCUCAUUGAUAUUUCUUGUG